UAAACUAUUAACGUAUUCAUGUAUUCUGGCAAAACUACUUGGAAUUAAUGUGGAUCUGUUGAUUUAAUUGUAAAAUAUGCUUAUAAAAAAUCAUUAGCUGGUGGUGCUUUUGGUCCGUAUGUCGGCCCACCUCCUUUUUGGAUCGAGUGAAAUGUGUAACGUUAAUUGAGGGUAAAGUGAGUGUUUUGUCCCGACAUGUGCCCGUCUGCAUGCUGCUGCAGGAUGGCCCUGUGUGCACUGAGGCGGCGACUGCUGAGGAGCAGCUGUGCAGCCUGGUCCAGGCUGCUGCAGAGACCAAGCAGCGGUUGUGUGUACUCCAGCGUCCAUGGCUUCCACCAGGACGAGAUCACGGAGAAGCUGCAGGCCUUUCCUGGAGGCUCCGUUGACCUGCUCCAACAGGAGUCCGGCAUCGCCGUGCUCACCAUCAACUAUCCCUCCCGCAUGAAUGCCUUCUCGGGCAGUAUGAUGGUGGAAUUAGAGGAGAGGGUGAGCCAGCUGGAGAGCUGGACGGACGGGAAAGGCGUCAUUGUUCGGGGCGCUGAUGGCACUUUUUGCUCCGGGUCGGACCUCACUGCGGUCCGAGCGAUAUCCAACCCACAGGACGGGAUGAAGAUGUGCAUGUUCAUGCAGAAUGCUCUCACAAGACUACUCAGGUUGCCUCUGAUCUCCGUCGCGUUGGUGGAGGGGAGAGCGCUGGGUGGAGGAGCAGAACUCACCACCGCCUGUGAUUUCAGGUUAAUGGCAUCUGGCAGUGUGAUCCAGUUCGUCCAUAAACACAUGGGCCUGGUCCCGGGCUGGGGCGGCGCCGCUCGACUUACCCGCAUUGUCGGAAGCCGGAACGCCCUGAAGCUGCUCGGCGGUGCUCUGAAAGUAGAUCCCGAACUGGGCCUGCAGAUCGGACUGGCGGAUGGGGUGGUGGAGGCCCCCCAGGCAGCGGAAGGGGGGGCUGGGGUGGUCCUUCAGCAGGCUGAGAACUGGCUCAGUCACUACGCAGGAGGAGCUGCCCCGGUGAUCCGGGCUGUGAAGAAGGUGGUGUUGUCGGGCGGAGAGCUGCCGCUGUCAGAGGCGCUGAGGACUGAGAAGGACGUAUUUGGGACGGUGUGGGGGGGUCCGGCUAACCUGCAGGCUCUGGCCAGCAAGUCCAAACACAGGUGAGCUGAGAAGAGCUUCUCAGGUCAGCCACGGAGGACAGGUCGAGUCAGACUCUUAUUCUGCAUCCACCACCUUGAGUUCUUCGAUGUGCUGAAGAAAGAAACAAUGCUUUCUUGUAGAAAGCUGAACGUGGACUGAGGGAAUGUAGAGGUUUCUUCUUCGUUGGUAAGGACUGUAAACUUUCAAUAAAGCAGAUGGGGCAUUGCCUCUGAUGCAGUAAUAACAGAUCUAUCUUUGUCACACGAUUAAAUGGAUGUGAUUUAUCAAGUUUUGGUACUUCUUCAUGUGACAUCAUGCCAACGUAUCCACCGGGAAUAUGCUGCUGAGAAGGUGACUAUGGUAAUAAAGAGUGCACUGAACCAACAGACA